AUCUCACCACCGUCCGGAGGACAGUUAGUUGACGCCAUUCGUGACCCACAGUGUGUUCCCCGGCAGUAUGUCCACGUGCGUGCGCGGUGUAGCGUUGUUGGUGGUUAGUUUGCUGCUGCUAGAAUCUCGCGCCUCCGACAUACUGAACGAUGCGCACGUGUACCGUGCCUUCGCGUCGUACGAGGUCGUGCCGGAUGUGAUCGACGAAGCGCCCGACUGUUGGGCCCGGGUGUCGUUUAAAAGUGGCCGCCAGGCGGAAGGAGGUAAUCGGCUAACGCCAACACAAAUACGAAACCCUCCGGUUGUGAGCUGGAACGCGAACGAGCGUGCGUUGUACACGCUGAUCCUGACCGAUCCGGACGUACCGUCACGGGAUGAUCCACGCUAUCGGGAGUUUAUCCACUGGGCUGUGGGGAACAUCCCCGGCAACGAUAUCGAUCGGGGUGAAACGCUCGUGGAGUAUCUGGGAGCGGUGACGCCACGGGGCACAGGGUUGCAUCGGUUCGUGCUGCUGGUGUUUGAGCAUCUGCAGAAGCUGGACUUUUCGGCGGAACCGAGGAUCACGGCACAGUGCGGUACGGUGCGGCGAUACUUCUCCACGCGCAACUUUACACGCAAGUACGAUUUGAGUGGCGUGUACGCGGGCAACUUCUUCCAGACGCAGUACGACGAUUACGUGAACACGCUGCAGGCACAGCUGCGCGAAUGUGAGAGCGAGCGUUCGCUGAACGAACUGAACGGCGCGCGCAAUGGAACCGUUUUCGGUGGACCGUAGGUGGAAGAAGGGUUAGCCCAGUGCUGCCACUGUUGCUUGGUAGGGGCUGCGACGUGUGUAAAUGUGGGGAAGGGGGUCUUCAUUUAUAGGGAAGAGACGUGUGUGUGUUUUGAGAAGUAAAUAGCUUUUUUAUGGUGGAAUCAGUAGUUGUAAGAUAAACGUAACAAAAUCAAAAUUUCUUAUAAAAAAUCUCAACAUGG